AUGUCGCUGUUGCACCAAAGUUCUAUACGGGAUCAGACCAUCGCCUCCUCCGAGGAAGAUUUCCCUUCACAAGGAGAGCAGAGAAAGCCGCCAAGUUCAGAGAGAGAAAUCCCAAAACUGUCAUCAACUGGGAUCUUCGCUACGCUAGCCGGCUUUUGGGAAGAUUCCGCAAUGGACAACAUCGACGAGGAAUACGACCGGCUAGUUGAACACCUUCACGACCGCGCGAAGAAGGCUGAGUUUUAA